AGGAAGAGACGUAAACCGCGGAAGUGUGCGUCAUUCCUGGAAAGCAGUAACAAACGCUGGCCCAUUCGUCUGUGAAAAAAUCGCAAUAAAACGCAAAUAUGUGUAAUUGAUAUUUUCCACCAUUAUCAAUCGUAAAAGACGAUAAGGACAACGGUACAAAUGGCGACUGGGGGUGGUGGCAGCGGCCCACCGUCCAAUCUUGAAGGAAGAGCAUCCAAUUUCGCGCAUUCUGGAGCGGGAAGAAAUGCUGGAGCGGCCUCGAAUAUGCCAGUCCCCGUGGUCGCAGCACCAAUCUCCCCCCCGUCGGGGGGCCUUCACCGGGAGCCUAUGUACAACUGGCAGGCCACAAAGAGCUCGGUAAAAGAGCGCUUCGCGUUUCUCUUCAAUAACGAACUGCUCAGCGACGUUAGGUUUAUUGUCGGUAAAGGUAGACAGGCGCAGAGGAUACCAGCGCAUAAAUUCGUCCUAGCUGCUGGUAGUGCAGUAUUUGACGCAAUGUUCAACGGGGGAAUGGCCACCACCUCGGCCGAGAUAGAGUUACCUGAUGUGGAACCUGCAGCCUUCCUAGCCUUGCUAAGGUUCCUGUACUCUGACGAGGUCCACAUAGGACCAGAGACGGUGAUGACCACUCUGUAUACAGCGAAGAAAUAUGCCGUCCCUGCUCUGGAGACCCAGUGUGUGGAGUUCCUUACCAAACACCUCAGGGCAGACAACGCGUUCAUGCUACUCACUCAGGCCAGACUAUUCGAUGAGCCUCAGCUUGCCAGCCUCUGUUUGGAAACGAUAGACAAAAGCACCGGUGAUGCCAUAAACGCAGAAGGAUUCACUGACAUUGACCUAGAUACGCUGUGUGCGGUGCUGGAGAGAGACACCCUGGGGAUUCGCGAGAACCGUCUGUUUGGUGCGGUGGUGCGCUGGGCGGACGCCGAGUGUUACAGGCAACAGCUUCCCCUCACCUCUGAGAACAAACAGAAGGUUCUGGGCAAGGCCCUAACCCUCAUCCGCUUCCCACUCAUGACUGUGGAGGAGUUUGCCGCAGGGCCUGCCCAGUCUGGAAUAUUGUUGGAUCGGGAGGUGGUAAAUCUGUUUUUACACUUUACAGUAAACCCCAAGCCGCGGGUAGACUACAUUGACAGGCCCCGCUGCUGCCUCCGCGGAAAGGAGGGCAGCGUUAGUAGGUUCCAGCAGGUUGAAAGUCGCUGGGGAUACAGUGGCACCAGUGACAGGAUCAGAUUUAAUGUAAAUAGAAGAAUAUCAGUAGUGGGGUUUGGACUGUAUGGGUCGAUCCACGGACCUACGGACUAUCAGGUUAAUAUACAGAUUAUUGAGAGUGACAAAAGCCUAACACUAGCAACAAACGACACAGGCUUUAGCUGUGACGGAACAGCCAACACAUUCAGAGUCAUGUUCAAGGAGCCUGUGGAGAUUUUACCCAACGUUAGCUACACCGCUUGUGCAACCUUAAAGGGCCCGGACUCUCACUAUGGCACUAAAGGGUUCAAGAAAGUGAGCCAGGAGUCCGCCACGGGGACCAAGACCACCUUUUUCUUUUUCAGUUCUCCUGGGAACAACAACGGCACGUCGGUGGAGGACGGACAGAUCCCGGAGAUCAUCUACUACACCUAGACAACGCCUCACCACACCUGGGUCCUGUUCAGUUGGGCCAAAACGUUUAGAAACUGGGGCGGUCCUACCCGGACUCGUUCAUUUUGGUUUCCGUUGCAACUCUUUACAAAAAAAAUAUUUUCGUUGCUUGCACUAUUAAACACGACUCCCUAGUAAACACGACUGGGUUGUGUUCAGUAGGCAAACUUGGAACGUUGCAGCUAGAAAUGUCACGAAUAGAGAUGACGUGAUGCCUUAUUCUCAUUGCGGCAUGUUUGUUCUAGAUGUAUUUCUAUCUAAACGUUCCACAACGUUGUGCCCUGCUGAACAAUGCCCUGGAUCAGGUAGACACCAUCUACCCCACCUAAACCAGGGGGGCCAUGUUCAGUAGGCAUAGAAUGGAGGAAAACGGAGUGUGACAGGGAGGUACUACCUGAGCUUGUCAAAUAAGAAGCACUUAUUUACAUUUUCUGUUGUGAAAUGUUUUGCAAGGGUGUGCUCUAAUGAGCAUGACCUGUGCGGUCGGGUAGGCCUGAGAGUGGAAUGGAAUGGCAGACUUCAGGAAGGAUUGUAGCCUGGUCCCAGAUCUUUCUGUGCUCUUGCUGAGUCCAUUGCCAUUGUUGUCCAAGACGAUUCCAUAAGGAGUAGGCAAGAGGGCAGAAACAGACCAGCACCCAGGCUAGAGGGAUUGUGCCUUCUGCUGUUCAGGAACGGAUACAAAGACUUUUGGAAACCAAAAGGAGUGGAGUGUAGGCCUACUCUGCUGGUUUGUGAACUGGGGUGUGCGAGGCCAGUGGAGGCUGGUGGGAGGAGCUAUAGGACGGGCUCAUUGUAAUGGCUGGAAUGG